AUGUAUUUUCUGGUGAAGAAGCCUGCAUGGCUUGUGUUCGACCCCAGCGAGUAUGGAGACGAAGAAGUCAGGACAUUCCAGGUGAGGCGCCGGGGGUCUCAUACAAACACGAAGCUUGUGAGGUUUGAGGACGGGUCCUGGUACCUAAAGAAUGGAAGCCAGAUGUUUCCUUUGAAAGCCGUGUCCCUGAAAAGAAGAACAGGGGUGGGAGCUGAGGAGGGAGAUGUUGUGCACAUCAGAGAGGUCCUGGACAAAAAAUGGUUUAUCAAGAUGAGCGAGCCCGCGGAGGAAUGA